AUGACAAUCACACAUGUAGAGGUGAGUGACCAGUGCUGUGUGAAUACUCCAGGAGGCCACAGCUGUGGUAACCCCGAGGGUCACCCAGUGCCCUGCCACCCUGGACAGUACCAGAAUGACACCGGAAUGACCAGCUGUAAGCAGUGUGCUGACGGCUACUAUACCACCCAGCACAGCACAGUGGUCUGCACUAUAUGUCCAGGAAGCUAUAGUUGCCCGGACCCUGCACAGCCCCCACAGUUGUGUAAGGCUGGAGAGUACUCAGAUCCUGGCUCCUCUGGUUGCUUUGUCUGUCCUCCUGGAACGGCCUAUACUGGGGAUGGCAUAUUACACUCAUGCACUCGCUGUGGGUAUGGUGAACAUUCCAAUGGUACCCACUGCCUCACAUGUCCAGUUGGUUACUACUGUCCACCUUUAAGCAAGGUCCAGCUGUGUCCACUAGGGACAUAUCAAGACCAGCCUGGAGAGCCGUCCUGUAAGAUCUGCCCAGUUGGUCACUCGUGUCUGAAUGUCUCUGUGCCACCUGUCCCCUGCACUCCAGGUUUCUACAGCCAUCUUGUACAACAUGACUGUGUGGGAUUAAAUCUCAGUUCCAGGGUUUAA